AUGAAGAAGACCCAUCAGGCGCUUGAUAAGGGAGAUGAUGCUGAACUUGACAUCUUAAACAAGGAGCUUGCAACCUUGGGAAUUAACGGUGACGGUGACCAUGAAGAUGAGUUUAACACUGGUGAUUCGCUUGGCAAAGCGCUUGCACUUAUAGAGCAGAUACGAAAAUCGCCUCAAGCUCGUGCCUUCUUCAAGAAGGCCUGCAAAGAGGAGAACGUACCUGAGCUUGAGUUAUUGCAGUGGAUCAGAACUCAUUGGGCUUCCUUAUACAAAUGUCUCGACCGCAUGCUACUCUUAUGUCGGGCCAUCAACUGUUUCACCAAUCUCGCUGACAAAAGCAAAGAGGUGCCGAAUCUUCACAACAAGUCUUAUGAUGAUUUCAAGCUCGGCCAGAGUGACUGGAGACACCUUGGACUCGUUCAUCAAGUCCUGAAGGAGCUGGCUACUGCCCAGCAAACUUUCUCCUCUAUGAAACACCCUACUGCAUGGCAAACAAUACCUACAUUGGAGUGCCUGGCUGACCGGUGGCAAGAGAUGGUCAAUGAUAUACAGUAUGUGCCGAUCGCUGAUGUCAUCAACGACUCGGAUGUAUAUUUUAUUUGUCUCAUCCUUGACCCCAACUAUAAGCUUGCUUAUGUCAAAGAAUGGUGGGACAGUCAAGACGUUGCGGAUGGGAGGGCUCACCUCGAGACUGUCUUUGACGAGUACUAUAAACCACCAACUCAGAUGCCUGUCGAUGGACCUGCUCCGCCAACAAGACCCUCACUGGAAAACCGGUAUGGUGAUGCAUGGAUGUGUGAGGCCAUUGAGGGCAGCUCUGUCCCCUCCAAACAGGCUUUCUCAAGCAGAGGGAUCACCUCCACCGUGCAACGCAAUGUGCUCGCAUCAUCCACAUUUAGCUUGUUACAGUUGUUAAAGGCAGCGUAUAGGAAUGGCCAUGUUUCCGCGACAGUCGAGGCAGAAGCUGUGUAG